GCGUACGGCCGCACCUUCUAGAACCCAAUUAUCGUCGGCCAAGUAAUUUCUAUAUAAACACGCAAUUAAACCCAUUUUUUUCAGUCUAUUUCCAAUUUGGGCACCUUUUGGUUAUCGAACAAAAGUUGCUCGUAACCCUAACCCUAGAUCUCCUCAAUUCAACAAAAUUCGUUCGAUUCGUCUGGUUUUCCGAGACUCCGGUUGCAAGAUUUCUGAAACUCGGAGCUAUUUUGUUCUGAUUCGUCGAGUUUGUGUAAUUGUGUAUAAACCCUAAGAUCCUGAUUUGAUCACCGAUUUCAGCUUUCUUGAAUCUCACCGGUUAAUUUCGUACGAUUCGAUUGGUUUUCAGAGAAUCCGGUUGGAGAUUUUGUUAAAUCUGGAGCUCUUUCGUCUUAAUUUGGUGUAUAAACCCUAAGAUCUUAAUCUGAUCGCCGAUUUCCGUUUUCUUGAAUCUCACAGGUUAGAUUCGUAAGAUUCGAUUGGUUUUCAGAUAAUUCAAUUGAAAAUUUUGUGAAAUCUGAAGCGUUUUCGUCUUAAUUUGGUGUAUUAACCCUAGGAUCCUAAACUGAUCACCGAUUUCAGUUUUCUUGAGUCUCAACGGUCAGAUUUCUACUAUUUGACCGGUUUUGAGAGAAUUCGAUAGGAAAUUUGCGAAAUCCGGAGGUAUUUUGUGUUAAAUUUGGUGUAUAAUUGAGGAUGGGAAGAGUUUGCAUUGAAACAGUGGGGACAUCUUCGUCGUCGUCAUCACAGCCCACGGUGAUAUCGACGUCGACAUCGGUCACCGAGACAGUGAAUGGAGAACAUGAUUUCAGAAUUUCGGGUUACUCACUGUCAAAAGGGAUUGGGAUUGGGAAGUAUGUAGCGUCUGAUACGUUUACGGUUGGUGGUUAUUCAUGGGCGAUUUAUUUCUACCCUGAUGGAAAAAGCGUCGAGGAUAAUGCAACGUAUGUCUCGUUGUUCAUCGCGUUAGCUAGCGAAGGGACGGAUGUUAGGGCGCUUUUUGAGUUGACGCUUUUGGAUCAGAGUGGUCGAGAGAGGCAUAAAGUUCAUAGCCAUUUUGGGCGAGCGUUAGAGAGCGGACCAUACACUCUGAAAUACAAGGGUAGCAUGUGGGGUUAUAAACGGUUUUUCAAAAGAUCUACAUUAGAGACAUCAGACUAUCUGAAAGAUGAUUGUCUUCAGAUUCAUUGCUGUGUCGGCGUUGUCGGGUCUCGAAUGGAAGGCCCCAAGACAUACUCUAUCCAUGUGCCACCUUCAGAUAUCGGUCAACAUUUUGGUCAACUUCUUGAAUCUGGAAAGGGAACUGAUGUUUCUUUUGAUGUAAAAGGUGAAACUUUUCUUGCUCAUAAAUUGGUACUUGCGGCCCGCUCACCGGUUUUCCGGGCCCAACUCUUUGGUCCAAUGAGAGAUCAAAAUAGCACGUGUAUCAAGAUUGAAGACAUCGAGCCCCCUGUCUUUAAGGCAUUGCUUCAUUAUAUGUAUUGGGAUAGUUUACCCGACAUGGAAGAACUAACUGGGCUCAACACCAAAUGGGCUUCAACCUUGAUGUUUCAGCAUCUGCUUGCAGCUGCUGACCUGUACGGUUUAGAUCGGCUAAAACUGAUCUGUGAGACCAAUCUUUGUCAAAAUGUUGCUAUAAACACGAUUGCAACCACAUUAGCGUUAGCUGAACAACACCAUUGUUUCCAGUUGAAAACCGUGUGUCUCAAGUUUGUUGCUUUGCCUGAAAAUCUUAAAGCUGUGAUGCAGACCGAUGGAUUUGAUUACCUGAAGGAAAGCUGUCCACGUGUCAUGACGGAACUGUUGGAGUGUGUAGCAAGGAUCAGUGAGCAUGGUCCCACUAUAGGUAAGCGUGCCAGUGAAGUUAUAGUCGAUGGUACUAAUGUUCAUGGUCGAAGGGUAAAACAAAGACUGUAAUCUUCAUAUCUCCAACCCCCUUGUACCCCCCCCCCCCCCCCCUUCCUCCCUCUCCCCAACUCAACCCGAACACCUAAAUAGAAUAAAAAGAAGUUUUAACCUCCUAAAAGGCAUCUUGCGAUCCCAGCAACCCAUGGACAUCUCUAUCAGCCACAUUGGUGUUUUUCAUCCAGACCCACGCCCAUGUUCGUGGGCCCCCCUCCCAAUACAGCUCUUAUGCUCUCACGUUAUUCGUUCAUAGCCAGAUGUGGACAAACAUCUGUGAUUGAAACCCGCUUAGUCCUUGGAAACUCGCUGCCAAGAGGGGGCCACUCGUGCUAUGGACGUCUACUGUAUAUGGGGAUAAGAUGGAAAGAUGAGGUGUAUGUUCACAGGUGGUCUGGGGUUAGGAGGAAGUGUGUGUGUGUGUCUGUUUUUUUUUUUUAUUUGGAUGAAUGUAUAUGACUCUAUGUGUCAUUGCCGUACUUUUCUUGUUUUUGAAUCUUGUUUGUUAAAAUCCAUGUGAAAACAUUUUGGUUGUGGUUAUAUUUAGUGAAGGUUUUCUGUGAUUUAA